AAAAGCCCUAGGUCGAAAAUACUCUCCUCGAAUAUAAUUUGGUGAGGGAAUUCGUCAGCCGCGCUCAAAGCACAGUGAAGGAGGAAAAAAUGGUGUCAGGAUCAGGUAUAUGUUCGAAGCGCGUGGUCGUCGACGCGCGCCACCACAUGCUGGGGCGUUUGGCGUCGAUCGUCGCCAAGGAGCUGCUCAAUGGGCAGAAGGUUGUCAUUGUGCGGUGCGAGGAGAUUUGCCUCUCCGGCGGGCUUGUCCGUCAGAAAAUGAAGUACAUGAGGUUCCUUCGCAAACGUAUGAACACAAAACCUUCUCAUGGACCCAUCCACUUUCGUGCUCCCUCCAAAAUCUUCUGGCGCACUGUUCGCGGUAUGAUUCCACACAAAACAAAGCGUGGAGCUGCUGCACUUGACCGCUUGAAGGUAUUUGAAGGUGUUCCUCCUCCAUAUGACAAGAUCAAGAGGAUGGUCAUCCCCGAUGCUCUCAAGGUUUUGAGGCUUCAAGCUGGUCACAAAUACUGUCUCUUGGGCCGCCUUUCUUCUGAAGUCGGGUGGAACCAUUAUGACACCAUCAAGGAGCUGGAGGCGAAGAGAAAGGAGAGAUCUCAAGUGGUUUACGAGCGAAAGAAGCAACUUAACAAACUUAGAGUCAAGGCCGAGAAAGUCGCUGAAGAGAAGCUCGGAGCACAGCUCGAAAUUCUUGCACCUGUCAAGUAUUGAGAGUUUCAUGAUGAUUAGUUUGUCUUUGCUUGUUAUGAGCCAACCUAAUACUUUAUUACGUUUAUUUAGGUUUUGUAUCGCACUUUGUCCUGAUAUUUUCAAUCUUUGAGUUCUAAAGUUUUUUUUACCCUUA